AGCAUCGCCAGAAGCCCAGGAUAAAACAAAACAACUGUCACACAACAGCUCCGAAACAACUUUCCGAACAAAUCAGCUUUAAAACAUCUCCAGCAUUCAUUUUUUGGGGGGGGUGUUGAUUUGGUCAACAGAAGACGUUGAAGUUGCUGGUGUCCGUUGAAGACGACAUAAAAGUGGAGCGACUAAAGCGGACUUUUCUACUGUAAAAAAAAAAAAAAAAAAAAAAAAAAAAAAAAAAAACCAAAAAAUAAUAAGAAGAGUCUCCUCAACAACGGAGUAGUUGUCCAAAACAAAAGCAGUGGGAGUGUGGAGAGCUUCCAGGGACAUUAUAGAAACACCAGCUAUUAACCUGCUGCCGGUAGCGCUGCAUCAUGGGAAAACAGAACAGUAAGCUCCGGCCCGAGGUCCUCAACGAUUUGCGGGAGAACACCGAGUUCACCGACCACGAGCUGCAGGAGUGGUACCGCGGCUUCCUCAAGGAUUGCCCCACCGGUCACCUGACCGUGGAGGAGUUCAAGAAGAUCUACGCUAACUUUUUUCCCUACGGAGAUGCCUCCAAGUUUGCGGAACACGUCUUCCGCACAUUCGACACCAACGGCGACACCACCAUCGAUUUCCGGGAGUUCAUCAUCGCCCUGAGCGUGACGUCUCGUGGCGGGCUGGAGCAGAAAUUGCGCUGGGCCUUCAGCAUGUACGACCUGGACGGGAAUGGUUACAUCAGCCGGGCCGAGAUGCUGGAGAUAGUCCAGGCCAUUUAUAAGAUGGUGUCUUCAGUGAUGAAGAUGCCCGAGGAUGAAUCCACACCAGAGAAACGCACGGAUAAGAUCUUCAGACAGAUGGACAUCGACAACGACGGUCGUUUGUCCUUGGAGGAGUUCAUUAAAGGUGCCAAGAGCGACCCGUCCAUUGUCCGACUGCUGCAGUCCGAUCAGGGAACCUCUCGUCAGUUCUGAGAAAACAAUGUGCUCCCAAACAUCUACAGUACUCCACGGCGUCUUAUUGUUUACAUCAGGGUUUCCUAAACUUUCUACUCAAUAUUAUAAAUUUAGUUCCUCUGCUAAAAUUCAUCAUGUACUGCCAUGACAGAGCUAUUACGACAAAAACAGAAAAUGUUUACUUCAAACCCUUUUACUAUGACAAUCAGUUACCUCAUAAAAAAUUGACCCGUGACCCAUUUUGGGUCCAGCCCCUUAGUUUGGGAAACCCUGCUUUUCAUAAUUGUUGUGGCGUUUUUAUUUUUUUUCUGUGGAUUGUUGCACUUUUGUCACGUGUAAAAAGCUUUCCACCCGUCUUGAAAUGGAUUUUACUUGUCCUCCCAAAGUCAAGUGCCAUAUCAUGUAUUUAUAUUGACUGGAUUUCUUACUUGCAAGUAUUAUCAAGACUAGCUAUGUUACGUUAAGAGGGAAUUAAUUACAUCACUAUGUUAAGAUUUGAUUCACUUCAAUGUUGCUCAGGAAUGCUCGGUGGCUCUUCUACACAAAAUAUGUAUAUGCCUUUUAGUAUUGCAUGCACUGUGUGAUAUAACGCAUCAUAUCAUAUAGUGACUUUAGAGACAGUGGCUGUUUUUACUGUUUUAUUAUUGAAACAAAUGUUUUCACACAAUUGAAAUAAAGUUUUGUGUAUGAAAAAUCUACACAAGAUGUCACCCCUUCAUCCUAAACCCACCGACUGGAUUGAAAACCAGGAGGGAAAAAAAUAAAAAUAAAAAAAAUGCCACCACGUGAGGGGUUUGACAAUGUGUUUUUGAGUCCACAUGUAAAAACAGGAGACGCAUGAACAAUAAAAGGC